GAGGAAGGAUCUUGGAAUGGGAGAAGGGCAAGCCUAAAGAGAGGAAUAAGAUACUCCCAUCAUAUCCUACCCUAAUUGCAUUGCAUGUAAUAAAGUGCGGUCGCCAUUAGAGAAAAGAGGAGUAGGAAGUGAGAGGGGAGACGAUGGGAUGCUCGUUCUCAGGGCUGAACGCCUUAUACGACGCCGUGAACGCUGGCGGGGAUGUCUGGAUCAACGAGAACCGGUUCCAGAUCCUGAGGCAGCUCGGCGAAGGGGGGUUCGCCUACGUCUACCUCGUCAAAGAGGUCGUCUCCGACGGUGGGGGUGGCGGCGGGCUCGCCAAGAAGAUAUCCGUCGACCCUUCGCACAUCUCAGGUGAUGGAACUUAUGCUAUGAAGAAAAUUCUCAUUCAAAGCGAGGAGCAGUUGGAGUUGGUUAGGGAGGAGAUCCGUGUUUCUUCCCUAUUUAAUCAUCCUAAUCUGCUUCCCCUUCUUGAUCAUGCAAUUAUUGCGGUUAAGGGCGCACAGCAAGGAUCACGGAAUCAUGAAGCUUACCUGCUGUUCCCUGUUCAUCUGGAUGGAACUUUACUAGACGUUGCUAAAGUUAUGCAAACAAAGAAGGAAUUUUUUCCAACAAUCACUGUUCUUCACAUAUUCCGACAGCUUUGUGCAGGACUGAAGCAUAUGCACAGUUUUGAUCCUCCAUAUGCUCACAAUGAUGUCAAACCUGGUAAUGUUUUGAUAACGCAUAGAAAGGGUCAACCACCUCUUGCAAUUUUAAUGGAUUUUGGAAGUGCUCAUCCAGCAAGGAAAGAAAUUCGUUCACGUGCAGAAGCAUUACAAAUACAGGAAUGGGCUGCUGAGCACUGUUCUGCACCCUUCCGAGCUCCUGAAUUGUGGGACUGUCCAAGCCAUGCUAACAUUGAUGAGAGGACAGAUAUAUGGUCUCUUGGAUGUACCUUAUAUGCAAUAAUGUACGGCUCAUCUCCUUUCGAGUAUGUACUUGGAGAAUCUGGAGGGAGCUUACAGUUGGCUGUUAUGAAUGCGCAGAUAAAUUGGCCUUCUGGUCCAGACUCCCCUUAUCCUGAGCCUCUUCGUCAAUUUGUGGUUUGGAUGCUUCAACCUCAACCUGCAGUCCGGCCUAACAUUGAUGAUAUCAUCAUUCAUGUUGACAAGCUCCUAUCAAAAUACUCGUCUCAAGCUCAAUGAAAAUUGCUAGCUGGGGUAAUAUUGUGCAAGUUAUAGUGCAUUAUCUUUAUGCCACUUGAUUGAAGGCCUUAUUAUUAUCCUCUCUUGUUAAGAAAAUACAAUGUUUUUGUAGUUUUAACAGAAAUAAUCAAUUUACUGACAGUUAUAGUUCUCGGUUCAUUAUAUGUCAGUUCUUAUGUUAUUCAUAUUAAGGAAGUCCCUAAUAAAACAAUGCAUCAUACGAUAUUGAGGAUGCUGCUGGUUCUGUAAUUAACAAUUUAGUGAGCGUAUGUAAAAUGAACUCCAGGCAAUAUAUAAUGUCAAAGCAUCUUGUAGGAU